UGUCUCCUCGCAUAAACCCAUUACCGUAUAUCUCCGAAGAGGGUGCGUGUGUAUGCGUGUAUUUAUCCGAUAGAGUUCGUCGCCUCUGAUAUUACCAUUGGGGGUUUCUUUGAACCAUUGAGGCGAUGAGCCGAGUCAUAGGGGGGCAGGGUCACAUCUUAUCGUGGCUUCGUGACACUUUACCUUCAGCGCUAGUGGCGUUCGCACUGUCUCUCAUCAAGUCGUCUCGAAAAGGUUUCUCAUUUCAGCUACCUGCUCUUUCGUUCUCGAUCUCACCAUCCUCGAUUUUUUUGUUAUUGCAUCUCAACUUAAUUAGUUCAUGUUUUCAUCACGAACCUGAUCUAAUUACUUAUUCUCUGGAUACAUGUUAAAUAUUUCCAAAGUGGAUGCAUGCAAUGUUACUGUGAUUGUCUUCAUUUAGACGGAUACCUACAUGAAUGUUCUUUCUUCAUCACCUGCAAGAGAUUGAAUAUCUAUUAAAUGUCUGUGAUAUCACCUCAAACUAAGCCAGAUUCUGGUUAUUUCUUUUCUUCUCCCGGUUUUCCUACCAGUCGACACGCCUACAUGAACAGCCAAGCUCUAGACUUCGGCUCUGUCGGUCAGCUCCAGAGCGCCAACAAGCAUGCAAAACUCUUCUCAGCGGACCUCCUCAACUCCGCCAUCCUAGAAGACACGGAUGCUGCGAUGAAUGCCGCCAAAACGAGCUUUUCAGUCAAAGAUAUCUUGGACCUACCACACGCCGCCGUCGCUGCCGCCGCUGCUGCGGGGGUGACUGGAGUGACUCACCCGAUCACCGGACUGCCGCUGGAUAAGGCAUUCCUUACAGACUCGCAGGUGGAAGCAUUGAAACAGACGAUGCAUAACGGGACAGACCAGGGAACAGGUGGCGGUGGUGGAGGAGGACGAGUGGAUACAGGAGUGGUCUCUGGACAGACGGGUGUGGAUUCGAUCUACGAUCAGAGUGAUAACCCGUAUACCAGAUGGCUUCAAAAUCAAGGAGGCGAUGCAGUCCAUUAUCCAUCGUUGGCUCAGAACACAGUAUCCCACAACAGCACCUCAUCCACCGCGACAUCACCUACUUCCACGACGGCAUCCGCUCAGGUUCACGAAGAUGACGACGACGACAUCGACUCCAUUGCUUCCGAUAAGGACGGUGACUCGGCGAGUCGUGACACGUCAUCGCCGUCAUCGGGUGAUCCUCCGAAGAAACGAAAGCGACGCGUGCUGUUCUCCAAAGCCCAGACAUACGAACUAGAGAGGAGAUUCCGACAGCAGAGGUACCUAUCCGCACCAGAAAGGGAACACUUGGCGAGUAUCAUCCGACUCACGCCGACACAAGUCAAGAUUUGGUUCCAGAACCACCGCUACAAGCUAAAGCGUGCCCGCCAAGAAAAGGGCCUAGACUUGAAUCCGUUACCGUCUCCUCGACGCGUUGCCGUUCCCGUUCUGGUGAGAGAUGGCAAACCUUGCAACGCUGGUAUGGGUGGUAUGAAUGGUACCAACAUGGGAACACAUGGAGCUGCAGCAGCAGCAGCGGCAGCGGCAGCAUCGGCCUGCAUGUCAGCAGCAGCCAAGUCUCACCAUCAUCACCAUCACCACCACCAAGACUCGUUGUUGGCGCCCACGGCAGCCGUGACGGCACCACCACCUCUACAACACAUGCAACAUUAUCCGUCACCUUGUAGCUAUUCAACAGUGACAGCACCGUACAACAGUAACUAUAGUUCCUUUAGCAACAUGUCAAUGGCAAACAACAUGCAGUACACAGGUUCAAUGGCACAACCUUGGGCGUGGUGAGGUAGGCCUACAAGAAAAAAAAAAGAUGACAUGAACUGUUCUAACUUUUCAACUCUGCUCGUUGGGCUAAACAGGACCUCAAUUGAAAUAAUUAUUAAAAUCUGCUUUUGUUUUGUGGAUUUGCCGUUUUGAUCAAAUCAAUAAAAAAAAACGAGGCCACGACCUGCGCCCCGUAGCAUAAAAGUUUGCGAUGAAUCGCAAAUAUGAAAGAACCACCCUGAUCAUGCUGAUUGGUUCCUGGUCAGUGUUGUGAACAAAGUGCGCAUGCAACAGUGAUCUUGAUUGGGCAUUGGCAUUUAGCGAUUGAUUGCAAACUUAUGUUACAGAGUCACGGGCUCCUUAACACAAAGGUUUUCGAUUAAGCGCUUAUUUGAAAGAACAGUUCUGACUGGUUUUUAGUCAGUCUACUGAGCAUGCAACGAUGAUCUUGAUAGGCCAUUUUAUUUAGCGAUUAAUCGCUAACCUUUGUGCUACGGGGCCCAGGACACAAGUUGCUGGAUAUGACAUUUUAAAGCAUGCGAGAGUGGGUGGAUGUAUGUGUGUUUUUGAAAGAGAGGGGGAGUGGCUAUUCCAACACAAAACUAAAAUACGUUGCGAUAUGAAAUGUAAGACUGUCCCGUUAACGUCAUCGCUUACUACUGAAAUAAGUAUUAUGUAGGAAAAUUCGACAGAGGAAAGUAUAAUGGAAAUAGUUUUAACACUCAAGAUGGACUGCAUGACCGAUUCAUGCGUUGUGUUUAUGAUAAGCUAUAUACUAACGAGAUAAGCUGUAAGUUAUACCAAAGAGUGAAUUAAAGAAUAAUUGCUAUCGACUUGAAAUUUCAUUAUCUACCUGAUGUACAUACCUGCUUUUUACUUGGAAGAAUCACUAAAUGAAAUUUUUAGAAAUCUAUUGUUCUUUAACCAAUAUAUCGUGCUUGAUUAAUUGCGGUAAUUUGAUUAUUUGACUUCAAAGACAUUCGGGCUUGUCGUAGAUACUGAUAUUAAAAAAGGACCCGGUCUGACGUUUUCUAGAAAUGAAUAAUGAGAUUAAAGAUCCAGUUUUCAUGCAUCCAAAUUAAAAACUUUUGUUUGUUAAAAAAAGAUAAUGACUUGUUGAUUCAUGAAAUUAUAGAUGAUAAUUCAAAUUUAGGAUUCAUACUUUUUUUAUGAGAAAAUCAAAUAUACUUUCCUAGCCUUUUUGAACUUAUUCAAAUAAAAGCAUUUAAUUUUGUCUGACAGGACUUUAAAAAGCAAUAUUCAUUGACAAAUAAGGUCAUUCCUGCUAAUUUUUUUUCAAUCAUCGUUAUCAUUAUUAUUGUUGUUGUUAUUAUUAGUAAUAUCAUCAUUUUUAUAAAAAUAAUAAUAUAUUUGGUUAAUGAUAAUAUAUUAUUAUAAUGAUAAUAUAUUAUUAACCAAAGGAAAACAAAAGAUACAACAAUUUCUUGAAUUUCUUGUUCUUCGAAAAGCUAAUCCCAAUUUAUGCCAAUUAAUACAUUAGACCCACUUUUCCUCUUGUUAUAAAUUGUCAAUUUGUUCUUAUUAUACUUCUCCAAAUGCAAUUACAUAAAUGUCAUGAUCUAAAAUGAAAGCUCGAAGCAAAUUUACCCUAGGUUUUUACGUGGUUUGUGACGUCACAUUCAGUAAUGUUUGUACCAAGAAACGGAUCAUAUUUACAGCAAUGUGGAAGAAAAACAUAUGACUUCGAUAUCAGCACGAUACCUCAUUACAACACCACAAAUAUAUUAAUGUAUACAUAUUGGAAUAAUUGGACAAUGUCUGAAUUAAUUUAUUUGCCAGUAAUGACGUAAGAGAAUGAGAAGUGGACAAGACGGCAAAUACGAGAAAUGUAAAAAUUCCGAGACGAUUUCAAAAAUGAAACGAAGACUUGUCUGUUUUUUUUUUAUUGAACUUUCCUUUGAAGGCUCUAUGAACUUAAGUUUGUAGAAGUAUACAUGAUACUAAAUUACUAAUAUGCCGUGUUUGCCAUAUGGAAACUACGAUUGUAACCUCUGAUAAAUGGCUGAAAAUUGACAUCGUUUAUUAUAUUAUGCUGCUAAAUUUACCCUUUGAUAUUGUGUACUCCAAACACAACAUCCUUGACAAAGAAAAUAACAGUCCAUAUUUUGAAAAGAAAUAUAUAUUCCGCUAUCUUGACAGCUAGAGAUUGAAAAUAAUGUCAUUGUAGAUGUAUGUGUGAGGUCACAGAUAACUUGUGUCUUUACAUAUAUUUGAUUGCUCUAAGAUAUUGAUUUUUGUAUUCUUUAGUUCACUAAAUUAUUAGACGCAGUGUGAGAUUAGAUGUACCAUUAUUGUGUCAUAUUGUUGUAUCUGUAUAUUUAGGUGAAAUGGGAUAUCAAUUAUUAUGAGGUGUAUCAUAUUAAAACAUUUAUUUAUUUUGUACAUUGAUGAAGAAAAUGGACUUGUUUGGAACAAGAACUACAGCAAUUGAUUUUUUUCUUGAAUAUUUGAUCAGUAUUGAAAGAUAUGCGACGGUAUGAUUCCAAAGAUAUUAGAAAUAAAAGGAAACUUGUAUAUACCGAAAAAUAUGACAAAA